ACACUCGCACGCCUCACAGAAGUACACGCACUGUCUGCCAGGGACCGUCAAAGGUAGCCAGGCAGUCAGGUAGCUGCAGUCUCAUUCAUCCACUUUAUCCAUGGAGGCCUGCUGUUCAUCUGGCUGCUGACAAAGUCUUUACCAAACAAUUGGUGGAUUUCUAUCAGAUAAGACUACCACAUAGCUUUUUCAAUCCAGUCUUUUGAAGAUGUUUCCUUGGUCUGCUGUUUUCUCCCUUGAGCCCAAAGUGCCAGGCCAGCGCACCAGUGAAGAGCUGGUAAUCAACACGCUGAUGUUAGAGCUCGGGGCCAUGGUGAAGCGCACCGAGCGCAUACGUUUGGAGAGGGCAACAGAGGGUCGGCGCCGCCGUCGCAGCUCUACCUCCACGGCCGACUACAGCUGGCUGGCACAAAACCCGACCCCACAGCCCUACCAGCUCACUCCCAAUGACCUGCUGGAGCUGCAGGACCUCUGUUCCAAGAUCCCACCUGCACAGUGUGGCCCUCUGAUUGUAAGGUUCAGGAGGAUGGUGUCACAGAUGGAGCCUGAAGUUCACGAGGUCCCCCGGCUUUUUCGCACAGUGCUGCGCGACUGCAUGGAGGACGUCAAUGGAAACGAAGACCUUCAGACUGCAAACCCUCAUUUUGAGAAGCAGCAGCGUAGCAAGAGCCUCUCCUUUGUCAAUUUCCGCACAAAGUUUCGCUCGGGGCAAAUGUUCAAGGGCAGCGGCACGAGAGGCUCCAGGGGGAAUCUAGAGCAGCAGGUGGAUUGGUCUGAUGAAGAGGAGGAUGUAGAUGCAGAGGAGGAAGCCAUCAGUGCCAGGGCAAGGAAGGGGAGGAGCAGGAGCAUGCCAGAGAUCACCCCGCUGGAGCAGAGCGCUCAGGCGUGAGACAAGAUAGGGAGUCGGAGGGGAGGAGAGGAUGCAGGAAGAUGGUGCAAGGAACGGCAAGAGGAGAGGAGUCGGCAAAGGGAGGAGAUGGAGUCAGUUAGAGGAGAGCGGGAGGGAGAUGGGCCUCGAUUAUAGAGGAUGCUAAUGAACAGAGAGGAACGGAAAGAUGGCAGGAUAUAUUUAAAAACCUUGUCUAUCUUACUUAUUUGGCUUAUUUUUUAUGCUGCACUGAUGGUUGAACACCUGUCAGUUUUUAACCAUACAGUGGCUCUUUAAGACAGUCGGUUGAAAACCGCUGUGACAUGGGCAUAGGCCUACUAACAUUUUUAAUCAGUUUUAGUUUUGCUGAGUCAUAAACUGAAGAAUUAGAUGCAUUUACAUUUUGACCUGACAAUGAUGACGGUGCUAGAUCUAAAGCUUGUGCACAAACAAAGUUAUAACAAUUUACAUUUACAGCAAAUUUGUGAUUAGCACAGAAUUUCUGCCAUUGCUUGUUCAGAUUUUUUCCGUCUGCAGCAAAGUGGUGGAUCAACUAAAUUGUUAUAAAGUCAUGUAGCAGCCGUGAAUAAAAAUAUAUAUGAUGUAAAUCUUGCAUAACCGUCAGUUGGCUCUGAAAUCAAACCAGAAGUGCUCCUGGUGAAUCAUAAUCACGUCUCAUGAAUUGCUCCUUUAAAGAACACAGCGUUCAAUAGGCAGGCCAGCUGUCUUGUGCAAUAGAAGGGGGCAUUGAGCUCAGCCGCUCUUUUGUAAAUACAGCAGCCACAGUUUGGCCCCAGAUAACCACAGCUCUCCUUUCAACUGCAAUAAUGUCUCAUGUUACUUUUUUUAUUGUGAGGAAAUAAACAGUUAAUGUUC